CGAGAGGUUCCGAAAAGAUUGGUGGAUUGCCUAUAGAAUUCGGUGUGGAUUGAGAUGUCGGAUAUCGGCAGCGGUGACGAAGGAAUUUCUAGUCAGAGUACGUAUUUAUUUAAAGCGGUACAGCGUUCGAGACGCUUUUUGUUUCGCGCCGUUUUAGUUAACCGUGUUACAGGACGUUUACUGUUGUGCUAACGUCCAAAAGUAAAUAUUUCAUUGUUCCCGUUUCAAAAUGGCGAUUUCGGGUUUGUUAUAUCGCAAGUAUUGAGGCCUCGAAGGGUUCCGCCGGCGGAAUCGUGCGGCGGCAGGCGACGGUGCGGCGGCCCGCCCGGUCAGGUGCUACGGCCGGUGGAGGUUGACGACCUAUCGAUUUUUUGUGUGCGACCUCUCAUCGGGCGGGCCGGUGUGGACAUCUCACCGGAGCCGGAACCGCCGCCUCGGGACCGUCGCGUCGGGCUGCAGGUCUGCGGCUGGGCUGGACGUGGACGACGGCCGAGCUCGCCGGCACCAUGGCAGAGUAUGGACAGAGUAUGGACGCGGGUGGAAAUAAUUUCGACUCCGGUCAAUCGCAGCAGGAGCAGGAGCUAGCGACCAAAAUGCUGCAGAUCCAGUCAAAGAGAUUCUACCUCGACGUAAAGCAGAACAGGCGGGGCCGGUUUAUCAAGGUCGCCGAGAUCGGCGCGGACGGGCGGCGCAGCCAGAUCUUCCUGGCGAUGUCGACGGCGGCCGAGUUCCGCGACUACCUCUCCUCCUUCAGCGACUUCUACUCCUCGCUGGGCCCGCCCAACCCCGACACCGUGCCCGACGACGGCAAGCUCAAGUCCGAGAUGAUGCUCAAGGACAACCGGCGCUACUACCUGGACCUGAAGGAGAACUCGCGCGGCCGCUUCCUGCGCGUCUCGCAGACCAUCACGCGCGGCGGCCCUCGCAGCCAGGUGGCGCUGCCCGCCCAGGGCAUGAUCGAGUUCCGCGACGCCCUCACCGACCUGCUCGAGGACUUCGGCACCGACGACGGCGGGUUCAAGGGCGACCUGCCGGAGGGCCGGCACCUGCGCGUCGACAACAAGAACUUCUACUUCGACAUCGGACAGAACAACCGCGGCAUCUACAUGAAAGUUAGCGAGGUCAAAAGCAAUUUCCGAACGGCGAUAACCGUGCCGGAGAAGUGCUGGUCGCGCUUCCGCGACAUCCUCGCCGACUACUGCGACAAGAUCGGGCGCACGCACGCGCACGACGCGCUACAGGCGGGGCCGGGGCCGGGGCCGGGGCCGCGGGCAGGCAGCGCGCAGCCCUCCGGCAAUAUCGACACGUUCACCGGCAGCGCCCCCGGCCGGAUUUGAUGCGCGGGCACCACCUCGCCCGCCCCGCCCCCCGCCCCGCAACACGCAUCUGUAUAUAGUCAUCUAACGACGUAGCGGCCCCCUCCACUCCGCACGCGCGGCGCCGCUCCGACAACACGCGGUCCCGCCCGAAGCUUCUUCGCGUCAGGCUGCGGCGGCGUGACGGCGUGACGGCGUGACGGCGCGACGACGUGACGGCGCGCCGGGACGCGUGUCGCCUGUCGCCCCGUGCGUCGGCUGCGGCGCGCGUUACUUUAUCUAACAGCUUUAAGCUUUUUUUUUGUAAUGACGUUUUACUUUUUAUUUUGAAUCUGUGUAAAUAGUUCGUCGCGUGGCAACGAGCUGCCCUCAAAGCGACCGAAUCGGUCGGUUGAACGAGUAAGAGUAUCUAUAAAUAGUUGUGAUAGCAGGCGUGCCGACAUGCCCGCCGGGCCCGCCGGGUCCACCGGGCCCACCGGUUCCGCCGGGCCCACCGGGUCCGCCGGGCCCGCCAGGCCCGCCUGGCCCGCCGGCUCACUGGUAACUUGUUGCAAUAAUUGUAACCGAUCCUGGUGCAGUGUGAGAAGCUGCGAGAAGCUGCAUGCAGAGCGCAACAUGCCACUCUCUAGUUCGUAGGCGUAUACGUUUUGUCUGUACCACAUUAACUGAAUGCUGGUGUAGGGGCACGGGGCAGGCGGGCCGAGUGCUGUCCGCACCGCACUGUAACCGGGUGAAUCCAGGUGAAUUAUCAAACUUGAAAUUAGAGAAAAUCAUAUGAUUUAUGUAUUAAAAAUGUAUAAUUAAUUACACGAUUAAACAAAUUGGAAGUUAAGGAAGAUUUUAGAUUGGCGAUGCGCAAUAUUGAUUAAUUAUAAAAAUGCAUCGGUAUAUAAAGUCGGUGAGGAUUUCACUCGGCCGCAGCCUCAGGAGUAUGACACCGGGUGUUUACAGGGCGCGUGCGAGCGGGCGGGCCGGGGCGACCGCCGCCCGGU